AUGGAAAAUCAGUCAAGAGUUGAUGAAUUCCUUCUGCAUGGAUUCCCUGAUACUGAGGAGCUACGGAUAGCCCACAUCCUCAUUUUCUUAAUAAUUUAUUUGAUGUCUCUCAUUGAAAAUCUCAUCAUCAUCACUGUCAUUGUUUGUAGCCAUCAGCUGCAUUCACCUAUGUAUUUUUUUCUAGCCAACCUUUCCUUCCAAGAUCUUGGGUCCAUCUCUGUCACAGUUCCUAAGUCAAUGUUGAAUUCUUUGAUGAACACAGAAAUUAUUUCUUACUCUGGAUGUCUCUGCCAAGUUUUCUUCUUUGUUUUCUUUGUCGUGUCUCAUCUCUUCCUCCUUGUUGUCAUGGCAUAUGAUCGUUAUGUAGCCAUCUGCAAUCCAUUACAUUAUGAGAUGAUAAUGAACAAAAAAAACUGUAUCCAAAUGGUAACUAGUGCAUGGAUGGGUGGCCUUUUUUAUUCAACUCUCUAUACAGGAAAUUUAUUUAUGGUGAAGUUCUGUUCCAGAAUCAUCAAUCAGUUCUUCUGUGAAAUCCCUCAGUUACUCAAGAUCUCUUGCUCUGACUCAUAUCUUGUAGAAAUCUGGGUUCUCAUCUUUGGCUCUUGUUUAGGGUUCAUUCAGUUUGUGCUAAUUGCUUUUUCUUAUGUUCAGAUCUUCAGAGCAGUUUUGAGAAUCCCAUCCACCCAAGGGAAGCAAAAGGCCUUCUCCACUUGCUUACCCCAUCUCAUAGUAAUUUGUCUGUUUACGGUAAGUGGCACCCUUGCCUAUUUCAGUCCAGCCUCUACCUCUUCUUCAGCAUUAGAUCCAUUUAUAUCUAUAUUUUACUGUGUGGUACCACCACUCAUGAACCCACUGAUCUAUAGCAUGAGGAAUAAGGAACUCAAAAUGGCACUCUGGAAGCUAAUUCUCGAUAUUUGUCCUAAUUCCUUAUGCAAAAAUCAUUCUCAGUUUCAGCUAUUUUAG